CUCUGUCUGUCUCUGCAGGUUGACCCGUCACCAUGACAACAGAAGCGGGCUCUGAGACAGAGGUUAAGGAAAAAGCGGAGGAGUCAGCUGCUCAGCCGGACCAAUCAGAGAAGGCUACGCAAGACACCGAGGAAGUAUUGAACGCUGCGGGUGAGGAGAAGGAGAAAGAGAAGGAGAGAGCAAAAGAGGGCAAAGAGGGCAAAGGCAUAUCCCGGUACCUGCCGACAUGGCUUAAGAAGCAGAAGUCUCAAAGCCAGACCUCCCCGACGAAGGAGGCCCCGCCCACUGAGGAAUCUGUUACCAAGGUGACAACAGAGGAGGGGGAGCCUGCCCCAGAGGUGAAUGGUCACGCAGAAGAGGUGGAAGAGAAAGAAGAAGUAAAGUCGGAGCAAGUGAAGGAGAAGGAGGCAGAAUCUCAUUCCAGCGCCAGUGCAGACACUGAGCCGGCAAAGGAGGAGACGGUGGAAGAGAGUGCAGAGAGGGGUCCAGAAGAGACCAAGGAGACAACAGAGGGUGAAGGAGCAGAGAAGGAGAAGGAGGAGCAGGAGGGACAGGUGUCGGCCGAAGGGGAGGGAGGAGAAGGUCAGACCUCCAUUUUCCAGUCUCCUCUUCGCUUGGUGAGGAAGAACAAGAUGAAGGUGGUGGUGUGUCACGUCACCCUCCUGGACGGAACUGACUUCUCCUGUGAGGUGGAGAAACGUGCUAAGGGUCAAUACUUAUUCUUCAAAGUGUGUGAGCACCUUAAUCUGCUGGAGAAAGACUACUUUGGUCUGACAUACAAGGACAGCCAUGAGCAGAAGUGUUGGCUGGAUCCCACAAAGGAUAUUAAAAGACAGAUUCGCAGUAACAACUGGCUAUUUGCUUUCAACGUCAAGUUCUACCCUCCAGACCCCUCACUGCUCACCGAGGACAUUACAAGGUACCUUUUGUGUCUGCAGCUGCGUGAAGAUGUGGCUUCUGGACGCCUGCCUUGCUCCUUUGUCACUCACGCUCUGCUGGGCUCGUACACACUGCAGGCCGAAUUUGGUGACUAUGAGCCUGAACAGCCCCGCCCUCUGGACUUCAUGAGUCAGCUGACUUUUGCGCCCAAUCAGAACAAGGAGAUGGAGGAGAAGAUCCUCGAACUGCACAAGUCCCACAAGGGAAUGACCCCUGCACAGGCCGACACCCAGUUUCUAGAAAAUGCUAAGAAACUGUCCAUGUAUGGGGUAGACCUGCACCACGCAAAGGAUUCAGAGGGUGUGGACAUCAUGCUUGGCGUGUGUGCCAACGGGCUCCUGGUCUACAAAGACAGACUUCGGAUAAAUCGCUUUGCUUGGCCCAAAAUCCUCAAGAUUUCGUACAAGAGGAACAACUUCUACAUUAAGAUUAGGCCGGGCGAGACGGAGCAGUUUGAGAGCACGGUAGGGUUUAAGCUCCAGAAUCAUCGAUCUGCUAAAAGGCUGUGGAAAGUUUGCGUGGAGAACCACAGUUUCUUCAGGUUAAACGCACCAGAACCUCCCACCAAAGCUCGCUUCCUGACUCUCGGCUCCAAGUUCCGUUACAGCGGCCGAACUCAGGCUCAGACCCGCCUGGCCAGCUCCCUCAUAGACCGACCUGCCCCCAACUUUGAGCGCACCUCCUCAAAGCGCAUCAGCCGCAGCCUGGAUGGAGCACCGGUGAUUAGCAUCACCGAGGUCGGCAGGGACAUGGCCGAGAAUGGACGUGAGCCACACCUGGAGCUUCACUCCGACUCAAAGUCCAUCUUCAUGUUUCCUCUCUCCUUCUCUUCCUCAUCCUCACUCUCAUCCACCCCCCCGUCCCUCGACACCAUCUCCGAGCUUGAGCACUGCCUUUCAGACAUCUCGGAAGACGAAGACCGUACCAACGAAGCGGAAACCGCUCACUCACUGUGGACCCUUCCCUCAAACACCCUCUCCUUUCUCUCAGAUCAGCAGCUGGCUGAUAUCGGACACCUCCUCCAAAACCCUCCACCCCCCCACCCUGACACUACUUCCCAAACUCACAAUUCAGAGCUUUUGACAUUUGAAGAGGGCUGCAUGGCUAAUGCCAGAGCAGCAGGGCUGGCAAACUGGCGACGCCGCUUCCCUCUGGUGAUGCUGGUCAAGUGUGUCUCUGUCAUAUUUUGCUUUCUCUCCAUCUUGGGAAAGAAUGGAAGCAGGUGUCUGCCCACAAACCUGUUUUCCAGAUUAGUAGAGAAACUGCAGGUCUUUACUCCGGCUUUGAACAAACAGACGCUGAAACCAGUGAUGACACUCAAUCGUUUUACCGUCUAUGAGCCAAAAUGGGACGUUUCCAACAUGGAAGCAUCUAAAUUUCAAAAACUUUUCAAACAUUUGUCCCUGAAAUGGGCUCGUUUUGUGGCGUACUUGCACCUGCACGUUCCUCCGAAGUUGAUUAAUUGGGUCCCUGUGUUCCCCUCCCACCAAAUGCAACUACGUUUGCCCAGCGUUUCUUUUUUCACCUGCCCCCAAAUUGUUUCGUCUUUUUCCUCCCCCUCUUUGUCCUUGUUACCCGUCUCAGUGACUUGUCGCUCCUCUCUUCCCCCUCUGGCCACCUUCUCUCGCUCUAAACUGGCUGCGUCCGUGCACCGCUACCUCCUGAACCCCUCCCCUUUCUUUCUGCCCUGCCUCCUGGUGCUCUUCCUACUUGUUGUGAUGCUGACAGCGAGCCAGUCUUUGGUCUUGGCCCUGAUUUUAGCUACACCCCUCGGCCUGACUCUGUGUUACUUAGAGAGUGCCAUCUCCAGUCAAAGAAAACCCGUUUUACCUGUGGUUGUCAGCGACAAGCCAAACAAGCCUCUCACACCCACGCACACUCCUCCUCGUAUCAGGCACCACGCAGGCACAACCUGGAUGCAGGAGAUGUGUGAUCCAGCCGCAUAAACACACAUUCACACUUAUCCAUACAUCCUCAUCUGGUCCAGUUUUCCAACUCUUUUUGUUCCUUCGGCCUUUGCGAGAACGUUUGUAAUCCGUCUGUGAAUAUCACCUUAUCUUACCCUAUCCCUGCCACCAGUCCCACUGUGUCUAAAGACCAGAGUAGAAAAAGUAAGGUUACCCAAAGUGUGAAAACUAAGAAGAGAUUUUAAAAAGGAUAAAUAUUAUAUAUAUUGAGAAACAUAAUUAUCUUGCUAACAUAGACCCAGGUUGGAUAGUGCUGCUUGCCACAUUUUUACUUUGUCAGACUUUGCAAAAAAAAAAAGGCAUUUAUUUUAUUUAUUCAUUUAUUUUCCAAACAACUGUGCACUUAAUAUUAAAUCUUAGCAAUGUAUAAUGCGUAAUACGUGUAAGAAGCACUUAUUUUCUAAUUUAUUUUAGUUCCGUCCAUUUUGCUUUUUUCGUCCAAAGAAAUGGUGGCACUGAAAUUAGCUGCUGAUUAGAUCUUAGAGUUGAGAUAUAUAUAUAUAAAAGAAAAAACAACAGCACUUAAAGCAUAUUGUAUUUGUAUUUUAUUGCUGAUGAAUGUUUGGAUUAAACAGUGUUAUACGCACCCUGAUCCCCUGCGUUCAAUUUACCGCCUGUCACUCAUUUAAGCCCACUAUUAAGGACUGUUUUCUUUUCGUUUGUGAAAUGAUCAAAUGAUCAAAUCAAACACAACCAAAAAUGUUUGUUCUUGGGACUCAGAGUCUGAGAAUCUAUCAUUAAAAAGGCAUUCACGUCUCCAUUAACGGUCAAUUAUUUUUAGUCACACAUGGCUGUGUGUGACCAUUUCAGCUUCCAUUGGGUGAAAGGUCACAUGACCAGCAGCUUUUCCCAUCAUCCAUUUCACUGUCUUCUUUCUUUGUGCCCCUAACCCCCUUCAUUUUGACUACCAUCUCAAUGACUACCACACUGAAGGUUAAGGAGGUGGACUUAAGCCCUGGUGAUACGGAAGCCAUGCCCUCCAAGUCUCCUGGAUGCAGCGAUCCUGCACUCACUCAGGACCAUGAUAAGACCCAGGACGAGGUUCUGAAACACCAAGCUAGCAUUAGCCAGCUCAAACGCUCCUUUAUGGAGGCGCCACCUCCCUCUCCUCCUCAGCCCAACCAGUGGGAGAAACGCUUCACCUCCUCUCCUGCCACGAUACGCAUUCAACAGCAACAAGUGGUCAGCGAACCACAAACAGAAGCAGCUUCAACUGAAAACACCAGCUCUGAUCCCAAAGAACCUGCAAAGACGACCGAAGUUGAAAUCGAGGAAACUGUUGUCAUCCAAGAGGUUUCCAGGGCGGCCAAACCUGGAGUUGUCACGGUUACAGCCGGUCCUCCUGCCGGCCCGCCUGCAGAGCAGGAAACGCACGAACAGAACGUGAGAGUUGAAGAGGAAGUAGUGCCAGUGGAGGAGCCGAAGCAGACCAAGCAGGAGAGCGUGUCAUCCGAGAGCGAGAGUGAAGAAGAGGCAGAGUACCAUCCCAACGUCCACGUGACCAUUUGUCAUCCACAAAUACCAGAAGAGAAGGAAGAGGAAGAGGAACAGGAGAAAGAAGAGGAUGACACGAGGAAGGAGCAGGAGGUGCCAGCUCCAGAAACCCCUUCGCUUCCAGCUGAGGUUAGCCAGCCUGCUGAGGAGGCAAGCCGGGAGGAGUCCAGAAAGGACGACACAGAGCCAGAGAAGAGGAGCCAUGAAGAGGAGGAGAAGGAAGGUGAGCGUGAGACGGAGGAAAGCACAGAGGAUCCGAUGCUGACACCGGAUGAAGUUCCCAUCAGCCCCAUUGCAGCGACUGAUCCUAUAAAUGAAGAGGAGGAACCCAAAAUGAACGGAGAAGCCUCACUGGCUGAAGCAGAACCACGGCCACAGGUUAUUUGUUGCUCUGAGCCGCCCGUGGUAAAGACAGAAAUGGUGACUAUAUCAGACACGUUUGCCGCCCAGAAAACUGAGAUAGCUACAAAAGAAGUGCCCAUCGUUCAUACGGAAACCAAGACCAUCACAUACGAGGCCGCACAGCUGGAUGGAAAUGGUGACGGCGAGCCUGGAGUGUUGAUGACCGCUCAGACAAUCACCUCGGAGUCUCUGUGUACCACCACAACAACACACAUCACCAAGACAUUAAAGGGCGGACUGUCCGAGACGAGGAUUGAAAAGCGCAUCGUAAUCACCGGCGACUGCGACAUCGACCACGAUCAGGCACUGGCACAGGCCAUUAAGGAGGCCAAAGAGCAACAUCCUGACAUGUCUGUUACCAGAGUGGUGGUUCAUAAAGAAACUGAACUGGCUGAGGAGGAGGAUUGACUGAACUCAGAGCUGAAAGGCCCAUCGUGACUGUUUUCCCUUUUGACAACAAACGAUCUUCAUCACUCAGCAGCAACUUAACUGACAGAAGGGGAGAAGAAGAAGAGGAGCUGAAGAACAGGGAGAGCAGAAGGGUUCAGGCAGUGGGAUCGAAGUUGUCACUCUCAUCCCAGAUGGUCUUUUUCACACGUCUUUGGUGCAUUUCAGUCCCUCACUGCAAAAACUAAGAAAAAUAAAAAUAAUAUCCUCACUAUUUCCGAGGGAACAAAAAGAACCACUUUACUAGUUUAACAUUUGUAGCUUUUCUUUUUUUUUUUUAAACUAGAGUUUUUCAUUAACUGUUCUACAAAAAGAGCAAGAAUAGAACGUGUGUCACGUUUGGCAAAAACAAAACUCGGGAUGAACCGAUAACUGAUGAAGAUGAGAUGCAAAGCCAGGGAUAAUUAUUUGGUCCUUCUAGUCACCGUUUCAGCGGCACUACUGGGGAACCUCCACUGUCAAAGCAAAGAGCUUUUUCAGUAAAUACAAACAACGUUUUGAUCAGGAUAUUUGACAACACUUUGAUUUUGUUGCGUAAGAAAAAAGUAUUUUUUGGUGCAUUCCUUUUUUUAAGAAAAAAGUUAAAUUACAGCUCCCCCCAUCACUUCAUUAUAAUGUAAAUUAAACGGAAUAUAAUAGAAUUCACCCCUAAAUAAAAUGUUUACUUUUUACUGUUCCACACUUAUUUUAACACAUUCUGGUGAGUUGUAGAAGCAAGCUGUGUCACAUUUUCACUUAAUAGUUACACAAAAGAGGGAGCUGUAAAUUAAAAUAUUGCUGUUAGACAGUAAAAUCAUCUAGGAUUUUUUAUUUUGUAUCUUUGCAUCUUUUUUUCCCCUGUAAUUACAUUUGCUAUUCGCAAUAUUCCGUUUGUGUGACCAGCAGCUAAGUGACUUCAUUUUCCGUUGAGUUACCCUGAGCUCCAACAGGAGGGAGCAUUUAGGUAUUUACAAUAAGAACAGAGAGAGGGUCAGUGGGUCUUACAAUAAUUAAACUCAAGAUGCCAAAUCUGAUGCAGUUUUUACAUGAUUUUAAAAAUAAGUUUUUAUUACUACAGCAUGAACUUGAACUGAAAAUGAAAAAACUUUGAAGCUGGUCUUUAUAACUCUGUACAGAAAAAUGAGGGUUAUAUGGGAAUGGCAGCAUUUUGACAGCUAAACCUCCUCUGUAGAGCACUGACUGUUCCUUUUGGGCCUCAGAGGGUGAAAGGAAAAAAACUUUGAUUGGGAGACACAGUCAGUAAACUGUAAGUUAAUUGGGAGAGUGCCACCAAACAACAUGGGAAUGAAAAAGACAUGAAAAUAAAUUUGUGUUGGCCGUACUCUGUGGAAAUGUAAAAUUUAAGCUUUUUCCUUUUCUGUUGCAUACAUAUUUAAGUACCACUGUUUCACUUAAAUGAUCAUAAACGAGUUUCGUGCUACGACCAACAGAGGUACCAAAAUGAAAACGACUUGAAUCCAGAUCUAUCUCAGAUUCCACCUGACACUAUUUCCACGUGUCCACCAGCUGCAGCCUGUCCAGCUGUCACAGUUCACCACUGCUUCUGCUUCCUGUCUUACCCGAGUAGGCACAAUACCAACAACGCCUGUUGGACUCUAUAUUAGAUGGGUCUCAUUUUACAUGUUUCACAAUUUUUUUAAAUCUUGCAAUAUUAUCUGAGAGCGUGUCUGGAUGAGCCGCUGCUGUGUGGAUUGGUUUGAGAGUGUGUGGGUAACGGCUUAUCUCAGCUUGCGCAGCAUAACUAGGUAAAAUGAAACGGCGCUGGCUGUGUUGCAACUGCCCUACUACAACCAAAUAUUCUGCUGCAUUCUUUGUUUUUGAACGGUUCCUGAUGUAUGACAUUAUACAUAUUACACUACGGAGUAACACAACGGUAAAAUGCAGUUUAAAGGGAAGAUUAUCUGAGGGUAUGAAGUGCCCUUGAAAAACCCCUAAAAGGAAUUGUGAUGUGGUUUAUUCAGUGUAUGAGUUCUUUACUGAAAUGUUCAGCAGAAUUCCUCAGUGAAAUGUGACUUUGUAUAUUUAUCGUUGGUACUAAAUGGGUCAGAACAAGAUGCUUGGUUGAAUGCAGUUAACCAGCAGGGAUUUUUCCUGUGAGCAGCAAAAGGCAAAGGAAUAAACUUCUGGAAAUGAUCUCUAUCAUGAGCGUAGAUGUGCCAUAGUAUACCAAAUACAUUCCAUAAAGGCCAGUCUAUAUUAAAACACUGUCAUCAGACUGGAAAUUUAAUUUUUUCUCUUUUUACCUAAUAAUCUGUGACACGUGGGGUGUUUUUGCAUGCACCUCUUCAUUUUAGAUCCGUCUCAAUUUAGCGAGCUUGGAGUUCAACCGGUCUUUUUAUGAGCAGAAACACCGGUCAGACUACUAUGCAGAUCAAUGACAUUCCAAGAGGGGGAAGCUUCCAGAGUAAUAAAGCAGCUGAACCAUUAAAAAUGUAAACACAUGGCAGCUUUAGAGGCUUUUGCUCUCAGAUUGAAAUAUUUAAAAAAAAUUCACAAAGUCCACAGCAACAAUGAUAAAUAUCCUUCGUUUCUUGUAAAUUCUCUGUGAAACUGUUUUACUUGUUCACAUGUGGGAAUCAUUGUACAACCUGUUGAAUAUUUUGUGAUUUUUCUCACCUUUCUUUCUUUGAAUGCAGAAACACCACUACAAACACACAUUUCUGCCACCGGUUCUGUUUCAGCGCCAGGGUUGAUCGUUGUUCGGGGUUCUGGGCUCUCUUAACCGAUUACGGGAGCAAAGUGGCGGUCAGGUGGAGUUUUCCAAAGUGUUUUUUUUUCUCUUAUAAAUUUUCGUAUGAUGCUGACUGCGGGAAAAAAUUAUUCAAAUUAUUGGCUGUUGUAGGUUUAAAAAAGACUUUUAUAGAAAAAAAAAAAAAAAAAAGAAGCAUUACACACUUUCUGAGGUUGAAGGUUUUCAGGGUUACCAUGGCAAUGGAUGACAGAUUCAAUGCCAGCUGAUUUAAAAACUUUUCUUAUUUUUAAACUGUCAGGGAUCUCAACAUUGUGACAUCACUGUGCUGCACUGAUGAUGUUGCACUAUAAAAAGCUGAUUGUAAUCGGGGUUCAGCAUGCUCUUGACACUGAAAUCUCAGGCCGUGUUCCACACUCUGAGGAGAAACCAGCACAAUUUUGUAUUUCAUCUCAAGUAAAACUCAAACUAAAAUUUAUGAUUGGAAAACAGUCCCGCUGCCGCUUUGCUCCCUGAUUGCUAACCAGUGAUCACUGCUGGGUUUUUGUUGUCUAGCUGCUUAAUUGCAUUGUUUCCUCACACACAUCCACUCCUCCUCCCCUGUGUAACACUGUUUAAAUAAAGGAUUGUUCUGAAAACUCUCCAGUCACUUUAUUUCCUCAUACGCUUUUCAUUUAUAAGUCCGUAUGCUGUAAAUGAGUUUAAUUCUGAUAAUGAAUCGUGUUCAGAAUUGUCUACUAUAAUGACAAUAUAUAAGAUUGAACUGGUUUUUCCAAAUAUUAAAUAAGAAAGUAACAAUAAAUAGACAUAGAAAAAGAUUUGGAAAAAGUUAUCCGCUCUCUUCUGUUCCAAUGAAGUGUCAAGAAAACAACAGUAAAAUCAGUCUUUAUGGUUGCUGAUUUGCCCAACAGUUUUUGUCACAGUUAAUGGUUUGACACUGUUUGAAUGUGUCCGUUUCUGUCUGCCUCCUGUCAGGUGUAGGAAUGACAGCCAAAGCCUCUGGUCCUCAGACUCUGGUGUCCGUGCGUCUGCCUGUGGAUGGCGCUUAUGUCCUCAGGAAGGCGAGACAGGUUAACCUCAGCUUGUCUAAGUUUCCAGCUGAAGUAGACGAUGAGCUGCAGCAGCAGCAGACACACAGAGAGGAACAGCAGCAGGCCGAGCAGCCACAGAGGCAGAAAGCUGUCGGCCUCUCCCUGUGACAGCGUGAGGGUCUGCCGCAGGAGCAGAGCCAGAUCUGCCCAGGGCCCACUCAGCACCUCCAUACUCCUCUCUUUUGUGGCAUGCAGAUUCAAUGUCAAAUUGUCGCCAGCAGUUGGACUUAAGGUAAAGGUAAGAAAUUAGUAUUGGGCUGCUGCUGUCUCAUGACAGAAAAGCUUUAAAUGUGAAAAAAUAUUCAGCCAGUGUCAGUAUGUCGCAGAAAGCUGUGAGGUGAAGCAAAUGUCAUCAGAAUUCAAGUUAUGUGUGAAAUCCUGAAAAAAGAAAACCUCCUGCCUGUGAUUCUGUGUUUGUCUCUUCCUAUAUGGCUUUGUCUCUUGUCUUUUGCUGUUUCUGAUCGUCCACCCGUGUUAGCAAUGUGAACUUUGAA